UCCACUUGCUCAAAUCCACGGCCGACACCUUUUUCCGUUAUUAUUUCUUCUGUGAUGUCUUUUUUUGGAUUCCGACACGGUGGAAAGAGAGAACCAAUAAUUGUACUCCCACGUCUUAUCUGUUUUGGAUAUUCUCUCCUCACUUAGUACCUACUCCAACGAACCAGGGCAGAAGAUCAAGGAACCCUUCAGUAUAAUUGUACUACUUGAGAGAAAGAUACUUAAGAGAGAGACAGAGACUACUUGAGAGAGAGACAGAGACUUGAAUCUGACUCUGAGAUGGAUAGUACUACGAAGAAAGUGAGGCCGGGUGGCGCGUCGGUGCUCGAUUUCGACCUCAAGUCCACCGUUGGGGGCGGCGUUGAGGAUGCUUACGGCGAGGAUCGUGCCACAGAGGAUCAACUAGUCACCCCCUGGACUAUCACCGUUGCUAGCGGGUAUAGUUUGUUGAGAGACCCGCACCAUAACAAGGGGCUAGCAUUCACUUUGAAGGAGAGGGAUGCUCAUUACAUACGUGGUCUGCUGCCACCAGUGGUUAUGAGUCAGGAGCUUCAGGAGAAGAAACUGUUGCACAAUAUCCGCCAGUAUCAACUCCCACUGCAGAAGUACACGGCCAUGAUGGACCUUGCGGAGAGGAACGAGAGGCUGUUCUACAAGCUUCUUAUUGACAAUGUCGAGGAACUUCUUCCAGUUGUCUAUACACCAACUGUUGGCGAGGCUUGCCAGAAAUAUGGGAGCAUUUUUCAACGCCCUCAGGGCCUCUACAUUAGCUUAAAGGAGAAAGGAAAGAUUCUCGAGGUGUUGAAAAACUGGCCUGAGAGGAGCAUUCAAGUUAUUGUCGUGACUGAUGGUGAGCGAAUUUUAGGACUUGGAGAUCUUGGCUGCCAGGGAAUGGGAAUACCUGUUGGCAAACUGGCUCUGUACACAGCACUUGGAGGGGUUAGACCUUCUUCGUGUCUGCCCAUAACCAUUGAUGUGGGGACAAAUAAUGAGAAGUUGUUGAACGAUGAGUUUUACAUCGGGCUCAAACAAAGGAGGGCAACUGGGAAGGAAUAUGCAGACCUUCUUGAGGAAUUCAUGAGUGCUGUCAAGCAGAACUAUGGUGAAAAAGUACUCAUUCAGUUUGAAGAUUUUGCAAACCACAAUGCUUUUGAUCUGCUAGCAAAAUAUAGUACUACUCAUCUUGUCUUCAAUGAUGAUAUACAGGGGACAGCAGCUGUGGUUCUUGCAGGGCUUGUUGGUGCACUCAAGUUACUUGGUGGUACCUUGGGUGACCACAAAUUUUUAUUUCUUGGUGCCGGGGAAGCUGGAACUGGAAUAGCGGAACUUAUAGCUCUUGAGAUGUCAAAACAGACUAAAGCUCCUGUGGAAGAGACCCGCAAGAAUAUAUGGCUUGUCGACUCAAAAGGAUUAAUUGUUAGUUCUCGUAAGGAUUCCCUUCAGCACUUCAAGAAGCCUUGGGCUCAUGAACAUCCACCCGCAACGACUCUUUUAGAUGCUGUCAAGGCUAUCAAGCCAACGGUUCUAAUUGGAACAUCUGGAGUAGGAAGCACAUUUACAAAAGAGGUGGUUGAGGCCAUGGCAGAAUUCAAUGAGAAACCUCUUAUUUUGGCCCUCUCCAACCCGACCUCGCAAUCUGAGUGCACUGCUGAAGAAGCAUACAAAUGGACUCAGGGCCGUGCAAUUUAUGCCAGUGGAAGUCCGUUUGAUCCUGUUGAAUACAAUGGAAAAGUUCACGUACCUGGCCAGGCAAACAAUGCGUACAUUUUUCCUGGAUUGGGUUUAGGUUUGGUCAUUUCUGGUGCAAUUCGGGUUCACGAUGACAUGCUUCUGGCAGCCUCGGAGGGUUUGGCUGGGCAAGUAACGAAAGAGAACUGUGAAAAGGGUUUGAUCUAUCCGCCAUUCUGUAAUAUCAGAAAGAUCUCUGCCCAUAUUGCUGCUAAUGUAGCUGCUAAAGCAUAUGAACUCGGGUUGGCAUCAAGACUCCCUCGACCCGAGAAUCUGGUGAAGUAUGCCGAAAGCUGCAUGUAUACUCCCAACUACAGAACCUACCGGUGAUAUUGUGAUUGAAAUCUACAGCUUGUUUUUACUUAUUGUGUUUAACUGAAGUAGUGUCCUUUGUGUUUUCCUUAUGAAAUCUACCUCUAGGUCUCCCCUCUUGAGGAUGUAUCUUUCGUAAUUUUCCUGCUCGAUUGUAAUACUUGAAUAAUGUAUUUUUAAUAAUGUUAUAAACGUAACAGAGCCUGUGUUCAAGAUUCA